AUGUUUUCGUGGGCACAACUCUCGGUCAUAGGUUUGGUGCUUGUCAGCUCAGCCAUUGCUGCUGAUGAAUGUCAACCAUCAACAUGGCGAGCCAGAAUAAUGCAGACUGGCGGCAUCAACUGUCGAUUCAGUACCAAAACUACAUCCAAAGUCGACUCUGAAACUUGUGGCACGAUAGCCAAAGAAUAUGAAAUCACGCUGGAUACCUUUUACGAGCUGAAUCCUAGGCUCAAAGGGGACUGCAAGAAUAUCCUCCCUGAUAUCAGAUAUUGUGUGGAAGGAUUCCCAGAACCUAUUCGCGCUUAUAAUGGUCUUUGCGGACCUCCUCACUCCAACGCGACAUGCGUAGGGACAGACAUGCAGUGCUGUAACAAGAACACUUGGAUGUGCGGUGAUACAGAGGACGAUUGCCAUGUAAACUGCUACGAGGGAAAUUGCUAUUAA